AUGGUUGUUGCAACAAAUUCAGGAGUAGUACAUAAUCCAACUAGCAUUGAAGUUGCCAUAACACUUGUUCAUAAAUGCGGAGUAGUAUCAUCAUCAACAUUAUUAUCAAUUGAUGAAAAUCAUCCUCCUCCUACUACUAGCAUGUUUAAGCCAUCUCUAUUGUGGCAAGUAAUGAACUUACGUCCACCAUUGCCCCUAAACGCCAUUGGAAAUGUUACUUAUUACUUUACCGUAAUAGCAACAAGUGAAGAUGAGAUACAAUUGCCAAACUUUGUUGAUCAACUAGGAAAGGCUAAACAACAUGUUAAGGACAAGUUGAAGGAAAUAAAUGUAAAUGAGUUAGGCUCGCACGCACUUGAAGAAUUCAAAGUGGCUAAAAACAUAAUGGCGGAUGAUGAUAAUUAUUUGUGCUCAAGCUUGCGCAAUUUCAGGUUAUACACGAUUGAUUUUGGAUGGGGUAGGCCCAUAAAGAGUGGCUCCAGCAUCACAUCCAAGGAAGAAGACACUUCAUUUCUUGGAUGA